UCAUCUUUAACAUUGAGAUUAAUAUAGUUGUAUAAUAUUUGUAAAAUAUAAUUAAUGGGGUUGAAGGACAUAGAAUCCACUCUGCCACCCGGGUUUAGAUUCUAUCCAAGUGAUGAAGAGCUUGUUAGCCAUUACCUCUGCAACAAAGUGGCCAAUCAGAAGCUCUCUGACGGUCCAACAAUGGUCGAUGUAGACUUACACUCUCAAGAACCUUGGGAACUUCCUGAUGUGGCGAAGUUGAGUGAGGACGAGUGGUACUUUUUUAACUUCAGAGACCGAAAAUAUGCAACCGGUUCAAGGAGUAACCGAGCAACAAAGUCAGGAUAUUGGAAAGCUACCGGAAAAGAUAGAACAGUGUUUGAUGCUUCAUCUCAUGUUGUUAUAGGGAUGAGAAAGACAUUAGUGUUUUACCUUGGAAGAGCUCCAAAUGGUAUUAAAACUUCUUGGGUCAUGCAUGAAUUCCGACUUGAAUCUCCUCAUUCUCCUCCAAAGGAGGACUGGGUGCUAUGUAGAGUAUUUCAGAAGAGGAAGAAGAACAAUGGAGGAGACGAAGUUAUUACUAAUAAUUUAAUGCAAGAGGAGAAUAGUAGCAAUGCUAAUUCAACUUCUUGUCUCAAUCUUUCCAUGUUGCAGUGCAAUUUCCUUGAUGAUUUCUCACAAGAGAUGAUGAUGAUGAUCAACUCUGAUGAUCAAAACUAUGAUCCGAAUGGUCUUCAAUAUUGGGCAUGAUCAUGAUGAUCAUAAUCAUGAUGAUGUGUAAUAUACUAAGAGAUGGAAUAUUUCUAGGUUUUGUUAGUUUGUUGAUUGGGAUUAAUGUGUGAUUAAUUAUGCUAUGUGUUUAUACCUUUUAAGAUGUAAUAAUGUUAGUAAAAAUUGUUAACCUUUA